AUGGAAGUUAUUAAUUUGUUUUUGAAUAAAGCGAUGGCUGCUGGCCUUUUUCAAGGUUUUCAGCUUCCUAAUGACGGGCCAACUCUCUCUAGUCUUUGUUACGCUGACGAUGUUCUUUUUAUUGGCAAAUGGUCAGAUCAGAAUGUGGAGGAGGAGGUAGCUCGUUUGGCGUCUAAACUGAAUUGCGAAGCUGGGUCGCUCCCGUUUUUGUAUCUGGGAGUUCCAAUUGGGGCUAAUAUGAAGCGGGCCAAAUUUUGGGAACCGGUGGUGAGCAGGGUGGGAGCUAGACUGUCAAAAUGGAAAGCGAGACACCUUUCUUUUGCUGGUAGGCUCACUCUCGCUAAGUCGGUAUUGGGGAGUAUUCCUUCGUAUUAUAUGUCGUUGUUUUUGGCUCCAAAGAUGUUGAUUAGUUGA